UCGCUCCCAUACAGUAGGUGGCAGUAUGAACCUCAGCUCUCUAUUGGGUUGCGACCCAUUGACAGGACGAAGAGGACCUCAUGCUAAUAUUGACGAGUGAGAAGAGUAUGAGAAGCCGUGAUGUAAUGGCGGUAGUGGAGAACUGAGAGGAGUUUUUACAUUAUGGAGGCUGUAGUUGACUUCCUAAAUGUAUUUCACAUCAAGGCAAGUGGAUUGUCCAUAACACUCAGCCUCUUCCUCAUCUUUCUGGGUCUUCUCUACUGGUAUUCAAUUUACCCAUUUUCGAUCCUUUCUCGAUGUGGCAUCAAACAUCCAAAGCCAGUACCUUUCUUGGGCAACAUAUUCAUGUUUCGCCAGGGUUUUUUCAACCCUAUCAAUGAUCUCAUAAAGACACAUGGCAGAGUUUGUGGGUAUUAUUUGGGCCGCAGACCGGUGGUGGUGGUAGCAGACCCUGACAUGCUCAGACAAGUGAUGGUCAGGGACUUCAGCAGCUUCCCAAACAGAAUGACUCUUCGCUUUACCACCAAGCCAAUGUCUGACUGCCUGCUCAUGUUGAGGAAUGAACGCUGGAAGAGAGUGCGGAGCAUCCUGACCCCAUCGUUCAGUGCUGCCAAGAUGAAAGAGAUGGUUCCGCUCAUCAACACAGCCACCGAUGCCCUGAUGAACAACUUGAAUGUCUACGCUGAGUCAGGAGAGGCCUUUGACAUCCACAAGUGUUUUGGCUGCUUCACCAUGGAUGUUAUUGCCAGUGUGGCAUUUGCUACUCAGGUGGACUCUCAGAACAACCCAGAAGACCCGUUUGUCCGCCAUGCGCAGAUGUUCUUCUCCUUUUCUUUCUUCAGGCCCAUCAUGCUAUUUUUUAUUGCUUUUCCAUUCAUCAUGGCUCCUCUGGUGGGAUUCAUCCCCAACAAAAGACGAGACCAGAUGAAUCAGUUCUUCAUCGACAGCAUUCAGAAGAUCAUCAAGCAGAGAGAGGAGCAGCCUCCUGAACAGAGGCGUCGAGACUUCCUUCAGCUGAUGUUGGAUGCACGAACUAGCAAGGAGUGUGAGUCUCUGGAACACUUUGACACAGCAAACCCUGCUGGCGAGCUGGAUCACAGGAACCAGCAGACACAACCGUCGGCCUCAGAUCAGGACAACCGUCUUCACCCACGGGAGCCCCUCACCAGGCGUCCACAGAAAAAGAUGAUAACUGAGGAUGAGAUCGUGGGUCAGGCUUUUGUCUUUCUUCUGGCAGGCUACGAGACCAGCAGCAACACGUUGGCCUUCACCUGCUACCUCCUGGCCAUCCACCCCGAGUGUCAAUGCAAAGUACAGGAAGAGGUGGAUGAUUUCUUCACCAGGCAUGAGUCACCAGAUUACACAAAUGUCCAGGAGCUGAAGUAUUUAGACAUGGUUAUAAGUGAAACAUUGCGCCUCUACCCUCCUGGAUUCAGGUUUGCGAGAGACAUCGACCAGGACUGUGUGUUGAACGGCCAGCUCUUACCUAAAGGAGCGACGCUGGAGAUCCCAGCGGGCUUCCUCCACUACGACCCAGAGCACUGGCCAGAGCCUGAGAGGUUCAUCCCUGAGCGAUUCACACCAGAGGCCAAGGCCAGUCGACAUCCAUUUGUAUACCUGCCGUUCGGGGCCGGUCCUCGUAACUGCGUGGGAAUGAGACUUGCCCAGCUGGAAAUCAAAAUGGCUCUAGUGCGUCUGCUCCGCAGAUUCAACAUUGUGGCCUGCUCUGAGACCAAGGUUCCUCUUGAGUUGAAGUCGUCAAGCACUCUAGGACCUAAAAAUGGCAUAUUUGUGAAAAUUCAAAGAAGAGAUGUGGGAGAAGGUCGAGGGAAUUCUCCGCCAGACAGUUAGAAACUCACCGUUCAUCUUCGUGGAUGGUGAAAAGUUACAAAGCAUUCUACAGGUCCAUGUUGUGACAAUGACACACAGUGUCAGUGUUAAAUGUGUGAGCAAUUUUCUGGAUCUGUUUCUUUACAUGAAAAUAUCUCCAUUGGUAACCUAAACAUAAUCGAGUAAUUUAGAAGCUCCAAUACACUAUAUACCUUGAUUAUAGUGCUCGUCUAGUGCCUUUCCUAACCGGAAAGUGGACUGAAGAUGAGAAACAGCAUUGCUAGACUGUAAUAAUUAAAAAGUGUGAUUGGUCCAAUUGCUGUCACCUGUCCAAUCAGGUACUGUGGAGGACACAGAUUAGGCCCCUCUGACUCUCUGCUAAUGGCUUCAUCAGUUGUUUUGGUGUGAAGUGAGAGAGAGAGGGAGCUGGAGAGCUUUGCUCUACUUAAAAGAGAGAAACUCUCAGCCUCUUACCUCAGUAUAUAACAAUAUUAAUUUUCUUUUAUGUGAUUUUGAAGAGGCUACAACAUUGCUGUCUGUUUUUUUCAUUAAGCAUAAUGGUUUUAAUUUCACUAUAACCAGGUUACCAUUUUUUUCUUCCUUGCACUGGAUUAUUUUAUUAAUUUGUAAGUGCAUUUCAUAUUUUAACUUAUUUUAUGGUCUUCACAAGGUACUACAGUUAAUUCAAUGAACAGAUUAAAAGGCAGAAAUUGAAACUUUUACAGUGUGCAGUAAAAUAUAAUAAUAAUGAUGAGGUGAGAACUAGUUCAGCCAGAAAACUUGGAUCUUGAUCAAAUCUGUCAGCUGAACAUGAAAGUUUGCACACUGUUUAACUGAGCUGCUCUCUUUGCUGCUGCUCACUUUGCUAAUGCUUCUUCCCAUACAUCCACGUACCACCAGCAUCCCUGCAUCCACACAUGUGCUUCAUAUACUUACUGUACAUGUGUUUCUCUACACAUCGUAGAUAAGGUUUCAGUCGUAGUCAUCUGGACACUGUUUUCAGAAUCAAGACGUUUCGGCUCCCAUCCGGAAGUCAUUCUCAAUUGUACAAUUGACAACGAAUGAGGGACUACACCGUUUCUCUACACAGUUGUUUAGUUCAAAAAGUGAUGCUUGCAGGAAGCGGUUCAAACGUCGCUUUCCUGAAAUCUGAAAAUCUUUACAUUUAUUAAGGAUAAACUCUCUGAUUUAGAAGGUGAGUGGUAUGGCUGAAAUAAUAUUUGUCAGCAUACAUACUACUACUUUCAUUCUCAAAGUUGACUUGACAAGGGUACGUGAUUUGGGAAGAGCUGUCACUUCUGAUGGGAGUUACUGAUUAUAUUUGAAUAUACUCAAGACUUUGAUUCCUGUCAUGUUUCUGCGCCUUUUAAUCUCCUCAAAUGAAAGCUGCUAUUUUAGAGUGAAAGAAGUGGUUUGUGAAAGGAUGGGAAAUCCUCCUUGUUGUUUUUAAUCCUGAUGACCUGAGUCACUGUUUAUCAAAUGUCUCAGAAUAGGAAACUGGACCUAACUAGCCCACAUUUCUCAGUGCAUAUUAGGUCCAACCGUAAAGUGUAGUUGUAAUAUAAUAAAUAAUUGUAUCACUUUUCUCUUGAUGACUUCAUUCAUAAUUCUUAAAAAGGAGAACAUUUACAUCUUAUUGAAACCAAAAUGUUGCAUUACUAUCGUAGGUUGGUAAAUCUUUAGUUAGAUUUUUAGCCAAUGUUUGGGAGUUAUUCUGAGAUGCUUGAUAAUUGCAGCCCUGAAUUAAUUUUAAAUGUAUACAAUAAGAGUGAUUUACUGAUGAUUAAUUCAAAUGUGUCCAUGAAACAUGUAUAUAUCAGCAGCUGUGAUCAAAGGUGAUAAAAGGCAGAUGACUGAAUGUGUUUGAAUGAUAUAUAUUUAAACUGGGUCAAGUACAACUUGUGUGUAAUUAAAUAUUUACACAUGAUGACAAAA